AUGUUCUCCAGCACCAUCACCCGCCCGCUGCAGCUUUGCGGCCGCGUGCUGCAAUGGGCCAGCGCCGUCAUCGUCAUGGGCAUCACCUCCUACUUCAUCCACAAGGGGCCGCGCGGGUUGAGCCUGACCUACCAGGAAGUCAUCGCCACCACGUCCGUCGUCUUCUUCCUCCCGGCCUUCGUCUCCCCCUUCAUGCCCACCGCCCUGGGCAAGGUGGUCAUCUUCAUCGACGUCAUCUUCUCCUACCUUCCACUAACAGAUGAUCUCCCCAGCUGGCUCACGGCAUUCAUCUUCGCCGCCCAAGACUACAACCGCCAUGACUGCUACCUCAACGCCCCGCCGGGUCUGUCCUGCAGCAAGAAGAAGGCCAACGAGGCCUUCAUCUUCCUUACCUUCAUCUUCACCUUCUUCGGCAUGUUCCUCGAGGUCGCGAAUCUGUGGGCCUACGCGCGCGAGCACGAGACGCCGACCCGCGAGAAGCAUGGCGCUCACGGUGGUCCGGCUGAUGCGCCCGCAUAA